CCUCACAUCCCCGUAUAUUAGUUUAUUUAUGUCGCAGCAGCGAGCAGGAUGAAGAAAAUCUUCAAGAAAUUGCUGUCUGAGUGCUCAUCUAACCUUAAGACUUGUAGAUCAGUUUCAUUAUUAACAUGGCUCCUGGUAUGUUUCUUUGGUAUGGGGUCCUGGGUCGCUAUUAAUGGUAUAUGGGCGGAGUUACCUAUCCUCCUUGUAACGCAGCCAGAGUGCUACCAGCUAGCUGCUGUAUUGAGCGUAACGAUACAAUUGGCUAAUGUAGGACCACUGGUUUAUACUAUAGCUAAAGUAAUAUGGUCAUCGUGUCGUUACAAGGUCAUAUACUUGGAGAUUGUUGGGGUUUAUACAAUCAUUGGUAUUGGGUUAGUCUCUACAGUUCUAAUGUCAUUCUUUUGGUCAAAGACAGCUUAUAUAGGAGGAGAGAACUACAGCGUUGUACUCAUUAUACUGGCGUUCUUUCUGGCCCUGGUCGAUUGUACGUCUUCUGUUAUCUUCAUCCCUUUCAUGAAGCAUUUCCCAGCCAUUUAUUUAAGCUCGCUGUAUAUCGGAGAAGGACUGAGUGGAGUUAUACCCAGUGCAUUAGCGCUGGUACAAGGAUCAGUGAACAACUCUGUUCAUUGUAAACCAGGACAUGAGAACUACCCCGGUAUUAAUAUAUUAGGUAUAAGAUACAGUCCGCAGGUGUACUUCCUGUUAUUGGCCUUCAUUGUGUUAUUGUGUGGCCUAUCAUUCACUGGCCUGCUAGUAGUGAAGAGGAAAAAGAAACGGACUCUUGACAUUAAUGCAAUCAGCAGCACUACAACCAGCGAUGACGAAGAUGAUGAUGAUAAUAAAAGUGAUCGUUUGAUGAUCAAUUGUUCCUCCGACGAAGACUGCUUGAUUAAAGAGAAGGAGGAAGAGGAGGAGAUUAAUGAGGAGGAGAAAGAACCCAAGGAAAGAGAUGAUAAUGGACAAGAUGACCAAAGAGAAGAAAGGAGAGUUAAGCGUUUUAAAAUUGAGAAACCGAAAUGCCACGAAUCACGCUCAUUCCUUAGUCAGCUUAUACUUAUAAGUUGGAAGCAAAGAACUCCGUUAAUAUGUACGAUACUCCUUGGUUUCAUCACCAAUGGCUCGCUUAAUUCAAUAUCAGCCUAUGCUUUUGGUCAUUAUGGGAACUCAGUACUACAUUUAGCUCUUAUACUUGGCCUACUGGCAAGCCCUAUUGGGUCAUUCGUAUAUAGUUUAGUAUCAUGUAGAUCGAGAAUGGUUGUAGUCGUCUUUACUUCGGCUGUUGCUAUACUGUCACUUUACAUAAUGGUCAACUCAAUGUUGAGGAGUGAUAGUGUAGUUGCAGGAACUACCGGCAGUGUUAUUAUUAUUAUUGUUAACGUUAUACUCAGUGGGUUAUCAUCCUAUACUAAAGUUACUGUAUCAGUUAUACUUCACUCCGACAGAACCAGCAGUGACAUUGCUUUGUUUCUAAAUGGGAUAUGUAAUCAGAUUGGCUCCUUACUUGGUGCCAUUCUAUUCUUUUGCCUUGUGUACUAUACAUCAAUAUUUAUUCAGCAGUGACACCAUUUCCUUUCCUUAUUUCCUUUUGAUUAGUUUUUAAUGAUAUUCAUGCAUACAUGUAA